CAAAAAAGAAUAAAAUUAAUUGUUAAAACGGAUAAAUGGAUAAAAAUGAAUGUAAAACACCCAGCAACCCGUAACUAAUCCGCAAACAUAACUGAAGAACGGACGACCUGUUCCCAAGAUUUACAUAACGACAGGUCAAACCUCUCUGAUGCUAGUAGUGCCAGUAGCUGCCGGUCCCCACGGUCCCCGCUGUGUGGCCAAUGUCUACAUUAACAUGGACCUGCUUCCGCCAGGGAGUCAAAGCCAGUGGCUCUCGCCUGGCUCUACAAACACCCUGGGCUUUAUCACUACAUCGUGCUGGAAAGGGACCGGCCGAUAGUACAGCCGCCUCUUUUUUCUAAACAUGCGGUGGCUUUACCUAUACCAGCUGAGAUACAGAACACACGUUCUUUUGUGGUAGGAGGGUCUAGGGCAGCUUUAGUGGGUAUAAAAAAGUCACGCCGGGGCGCUGGACGGUACGAGCGAUUGAUGUGCCUGGCCAGAGACUUUAUUCGGACCGAUUUGGCUUUCAAUCGAGCUUUUUUAUUCUCGCCAUUGUCUGCUAACCUGGGAUUUAUUCCUCGCCAUCAGAGUGCAAAAGACCUCGGGUAAAGGAAACCGCCUACGAGCAAUUGGGCAGGAGCCAUUUUAUUUUGGCACUGACACGAACAGCGUUUAGUAGUCGUUUGGUCACAGGACUGUGUUGUUGCCGGAUACAUGAAUCAAAAUAACACGUGGAUAAAAAGACCACGACAGCAGCAGCAACAACAAUAACAACAACAACAACAACAACAAUGAAAAUAACGACGACGACAUUGACAACGAUAUAGUAACUACGCGUAAACGAUUGCGGUGACAUUUGAAGGAAUUCAGUGUACAGUGUUAUUUCCAGAAAUGACAGAAUUUUUGUCCAUAAAGGAAAAGGUGUGGGUUCCAAACCAACGGCAUUCGGUGGACGAUCCGCCUAUAAUGCAGAAGCAAUGGCAGACAGCCGACGAGGAAGCAGAUCGUCUGCUAACCACCAUUGCCCACGGAACAGACGCAGACCUCGUGCAUCUCUUGGACUCUAUGGCGGGAGAUCAGGUCAAGGCCGCAGUGACUCAUAUAUCACGUGACGGCGACACGGCGCUCCACCUGGCGGCGGUGCGGGAACGUCUGGGCGGACUUGCGGCCAUGUUGAGGAACAAAGUGGACGCGAACAUACGAGACGGAAGUGGUUCUAGGUAAGGCGGGAAGCUAUUGUAUACCAUAUUAAUUGAUGUUAAUG